AUGAGCGCGGCGGCGCCCGGUACCCGGAGCUCCCGACCCGCGGCGCCCAGGAGGACCGCCGCCUGCCCGGGGGAGGAGGGCCGCCCCCACCGCCCCCACCCCACCGCCGCCGCCGCCGCCUCCGCCUCCGGGGAGAGCGACGCGCUCUUCAUCCGGAACAGCUCGUUCAGGAGGAACUCGCAGGUCUCCGCCGCCAACGUCAACCCGGAGAUGGGCAUCGCCGCCGCCGCCGCCGCCGCCGCCAUCAAAGCGCGUCCGGCGUUCAUCAUCACCACCUCCGGGGAGUUUCUCAACAACACCUCGGACUACACCAGCAGCGCCCCGGCCCCGGCCAACAGGACCGCCUUCUACAAGACCCUCUGCCUCCUGCUCCUGCUGCUCCAGGGCGGAGUGCUGGACUUCUACCUCAUCAUCUUCACCGACCUGUACUGGUGCUCCUGGAUCGCCACCGACCUGGUGGUGAUGGGCGGGUGGGUCAUCUUCUUCGUCAAACACGCCAAGAAGGAGCGGGAAGACCACGCCAAGGCGAGGCCCUCCCCCUCCUCCUGCGCGGCUGCUCGGGGGGAGUUCGCCUUCGCCUAUCUCGCUUGGCUCAUCUACGUGAUCGCCUGCACCCCCAAAAUGGUGCUGAUACUGGAAACCUCCAUCCUGGACCUGAUCGAGCUGAAGGUGCCCCUGGGCACCACGGGCUUCAAAAUCACCGUCAUGUCCUCCGUGCCCCUCCUCUACACGCUCAUAAACUCCGUGACCGAGGACCUGACCGGACACGCGAGCUACCGGGCUCAGAGCUGCUACAGCCGGACCUGCCUGGACCUGCUGGACAGCUUCACUCUGAUGGAGAUGCUGUUGGCCGAUCAGAUCCCCAACGCGACCCUGAAGUACACGGUGACCGGCGUCUACUUCGUCUCGUUCUUCAUCCCGGUCCUCUGGCUGUACCAACUCAACUCGUUGCAGUUGGACUACAAGUGCGUGGUGGUCCGCUUCCUGGCGAGUUACGCCGUGAACGGCCCUCUCCUGGUGGUCAGGUGCUUCCUGGUGUUCCUGUACGGGCAACAGGUCUCGGUGUUCCUCUUCAAGAACGUGUUCUGGCUGCUCUGCGAUUGCACGGAGCUGCUGGAGGGCUUCUGCACCGUCAGACGUGUCAGAAAGUACUCUGCCCCCCCGGUGCAAUUCACCCGGUGCAUUUCCGACCACGAAAUGUGCGCACACGGGUACGUGAACACCUUAGCCGUGACGAGCCAGUCUUAGAAGAAGCGGUUUUGAUCACAGCGCACACCACGGCGAUAAAUGUUAAUAUUUGAAUUCUUGGAAGCGCACUGCGGUCCCGACCCGACGGUGCGCGGGUUGUGUUUUUUUUUUUACCUUUUGUUUCUUUUGUGAUACUUUUUUAU